CUACACCUUUUUGAUACACAUUGUAUUUUAUCCAAGCCCAAUGUAAAUGAGAUUGCAAUAAAGAUUACGUAUAUACAACUUUCGCACUCCUUUCAAGGUAGUUCCCUUCGAUCCUUUGGGCUGUUAUUAAGCCGUCGUUUCUUAUUUUGACACUGUGUAUUGAUCGAGUAAAACAGUAGGCCCUAUAAAUAGAGUGGGACUGGCUUUCAACAUGGUCUCCACAACAAUUAAAGUGUCUUUCGUCGUAUAUCUUUUCCUCUUUAUUACAGAAAUUACGGCGAAAGGCUAUGUCAACACCGAAAUAUCAUUUCGGUUAAACACACAGGGUAAUGAUGUUAGUGGAAUUAUCAUGGAGGACGAUUUUAAAAUGUCUUUGUCUGACGAUCUUAAAAUGAAAUACGAUUUUUCAAGUGAAGCGGAUUUUGACAAAAUAAAGGUUGAAAUGGAAGGGAGUGAUGAUCUGAUAGUGUCACUUACAUUGGUAAUUGACUAUUUCAACGAUGGAGAUACCAAAGCAAAAGAUAAUAUGAUAGCGAAGGUCGAUGCUGGACGAUAUGAGUUUAUGUACGGAGAUAAUACACUGACAUCCGUUGCUGGUACUUUGGAUUAUGAAAAAGACUGGAGGGAGAAUUGGUACCACAUCGUUCACAAUGUCACAAUCAUGUUGUUUGUGGCACUAUUCCUCAUCGCACUAUUUCUCGUGGGAACAUGGUACAUGUGGGUAUCAAGAGGCAAAAAGCAGAAGGUUGAUCGAACUGUCCAUUCAUUCACAAAUUAAAACACGAUGAAUGCAUCAAAAACAACUGUGCAGAAGGAUGAUAUAACAUGUAAUAAUGAAACGACUUGAAAAAUGAAUAUGAUAUUUGCUUGCUUUGUAUAAAAAAUAUUUUCCUCAUCAACAGAUAUAUAAAUAACGUCGGUGUUCCUAUUAUUUGCAGUCCUUAAGUUGUUUAGUAUCAAUUUAAGAAUUUAUAGUUGUAAAAAUCUGUAAAUUAUUAAAAACUAAAUAAGACAAUUCGUAGUUCUAACUGCGCAUGUCCUGCAAGGCGAAUCGACAUAAACAGACAAACACACAACAGACACAGCAUUUUAUGUCGAUGCGCAUGCGCAACAGACACAGCAUUUUAUGUCGAUGCGCAUGCGAAUUAUGAAUUGUCUUAUUGCUUUAUUCUUAGUCCAAUUUUGGCUACGCCUACAGUUUUUUCCGAAGUGUCAAUCAAACUUAACAACUGGCCAAUCAGAACAGUGCCAGGAAGACGCGUGCGUUCAACAAAAACACGUUUGGUCCCACACAAACACAAGUGUUUACAUACAUUUACGCUAUUUGUUUUGUGGGACCUUAGCAAGAAUGUCAAAGGGGCGGGGCUUAGCAGAAGUUGAAAGGUCACAGCUAAUGAUAUAUUAACUCUUCACUUAAUUUUCCAAGAAAACAUAUAAACGUUUUUAUGAUACUUGUUUGUCAUGGUUUGGCGCUGUUUAUCGCUUUGUACAUUUUAAAUUAUUAUUAUGGACGGUUGAUAAGUCUCAUUUUAUAGAUGAAUAUGUUGUUAACUAAAUAAUUUAAUUUUUAAUAAAAAGCUCAACGCCAUAUCCAUAUCUGUAAUAUUUUGUCUAUAGUAUAUGUUAAUUAUAUUAGCUGAAAUUUCAAUAUAUAUUUCACGUUCCAAACGGUUAACUGACAUAUAAAGUAAGAAAUAAAAAUUAGCAAAAACUUC